AAAGAAGAGAAAUCACAGAGAAUCAUAUAGAAAAACAUAUUCUUCAAUGUCAGAAGAUUAUUUUAGCGAAAAAAGCUCGAAAAAAGACGAAUUUUUGACGACAAAAAAUGACUUUUAUAUACCGACAGAAGGAAUCAUUCAUUCAGGGAACAAACUAUGUCAUUCAGGUGCUUGGAUUGCAGGAAUAGAUGAAGCAGGAAGGGGACCUGUUUUAGGUCCAAUGGUGUAUAGUAUAGCAUAUUGCAAAAGUCCAUAUGAAAAAAACCUGAAAAAACAUGGUUUUUUUGAUUCCAAAACAUUAACACCAGAAAGACGAGAAGAGCUAUUUGAAGAACUAUAUAGAAAUGAAGAAUUGAGAAAUAAUGUAGGAUGGUCGAUACGUAUCAUUUCAGCGCGAGAAAUUUCUCAAGGAAUGUUACAAUCAAAUAAGUCGUAUAAUUUGAAUGCACAAGCCCAUGAUACAACUAUUCAGCUUCUUGAUGAAGUUAUAAAGCGUGGUUUCAAUAUCAAAGAAAUCUAUGUCGAUACAGUAGGCCCAUCAUCAUCAUAUCAAACUAAGCUUCAACAAUUAUUCCCACAGAUUGAUGUGAUAGUUAAAGAAAAAGCAGAUUCUAUUUAUCCUAUUGUGAGUAUUGCAAGUAUUUGUGCAAAAGUUACGAGAGACAAAGCGCUUGCUAUGUUUGCUGUUAACGGUGAAUCCUGGGGUAGUGGAUAUCCAUCAGACCCAAAGACAUGUGAAUGGCUUAGAUGCUCAAUCGAUCCUAUUUUUGGAUGGCCUUAUGAAAUCGUAAGAUAUUCAUGGCAAACAGCUAAAGAUCUUCUUGAAAAAGAUGCGCAAAUGAAAAAUAAUUCUAAAGUUCAUGUCGAAUGGUACAAUAAUAAUGAAGCUGAUAACACAAAAAAGAUCCAAUGUUAUUUUCAAACUUCUAAAAUUACACAAGAAGGAUUUGAUCUCUCAUGGUACGGGGAUAACGUAGAACUUAGCGAUUUUUAAAACCAUUAAAUUCCAAAAUUAUUAAUUAAAAAAUCUUACGUAU